AUAUAAGUACUUUUCGAUAGUCGGUCGCCGUGGAAGGAUCACUCGGUCGUUAACCAACUAUUUAGAUUUGUAGUUCCGCUUUGAAACUCAGUACCGGCAUUGCUAGGAGUGCGGUAAAUGUGCGAGAAUUGCCGGGGGAAUGGCAAGAUUCCUUGAUAAAUAGUGGAAGUUGAUUAGUUGAGAAGUUCCACGGGUGACAGGAGCGGUGUGCUUGUUUACAAACAAUAGAUUCGUUGACAGUUGUUGGCUGUUACUUGUGUUACUUUCGGGAGUGAAUUAUGGCGGGAUUCGUUGCUGUGCAUACAGGUGCAGGCAAUUGCGUAGACGAAACAAAGUAUCAAAAAGUGAUAAAAGAGGCCUGUUUGCGAGGAGUUCAUAUUUUACGAAACGGCGGAACUGCCUUGGAAGCUUGUGAAGCUUCCAUAACAAGACUAGAAAAUUCGGGAAAUACAAAUUCUGGUUUUGGAUCAAAUUUGACAUGGGAUGGUAAAGUUGAAUGUGAAGCAUCCAUCAUGGAUGGAGCGACAUUACAAUUUGGAGCAUGUACGAAUGUAAGAACCGUGAAAAACCCGAUUCAGCUUGCUCGCAACAUAUGCAGUCGCCAAGGAAGAAUGCUAACAUUUGAAAGAAUACCGCCUAUGAUAUUAGCUGGAGAUGGAGCUGAACUGUACGCGAAAGAAUUGGGAUUGCAGCUUGUUGACCCAUCGAUGCUGGUUUCAUCAAAAGCGCAGAGAUGCUAUGAACAUUAUAAAUCGAAAAUAAAAACGGCAUCCAGUGUAUAUAACACACAAAUAACUAGUCUCGAUACGGUGGGCGCAGUUUGUGUUGAUGGAAACGGUAAUAUAGCGGCGGGUUGCAGUUCUGGAGGACUUAUAUUAAAGAUUUCGGGGAGAGUGGGGCAAGCGGCAAGUUUCGGUGCCGGCUGUUGGGCAGAAGUUACAGACGAUCGUAUGGUUGGCACAUGCACAACCGGAAAUGGGGAAUAUUUGAUAAAAACGCUAUUAGCCAGAGAAUUAGCAACUGAUUUACUAUCAUGCACAUGCCCGACAACAUCAUUACAUCAGACGUUCAAAGGGAAAUUUUUGGAAUCUAAACUUCUACCUAGAGACAAGGAACUCUAUGGAGGGUCGUUAGCUAUAAUUUUUAAUCGUGGGAGCGAAGAUGGAGAAUUAUUAUGGGGCCACACUACAAAGUCUCUUUGCCUAGGUUAUAUGUCAACGCAUCAAAAAACGCCAAAGUUUGUGAAUUCAUCGCUGCCAACCUACAGCAAGCCCGGCGAGUCAAUAAUUGUAAGUGGUCAAGCUUUUAGAUUAUCAAUGAAUAAUUAGAAAUACUUAAUACGAAAAUUCGAUUUAAAUUGAUUACGGCUAAAUAUCGGUCAAUUUAACUGGGUGUCAUAGAGUGGUUGACCUGAAAAAUAAAAUCUAAGAAAACUAAGAAACUAAGGUGCAAUUAAUUGAAUUAAUUAUUUUUUUACAUGGCAAGCCUCCAAUGUUACGGUUUAUAAUUUUUAUAAAAUGAUUAGUAUACUUAGAAUAUUUACUAUUUUUCUCAUAAGGAUGACUUCACUAGGUUAAUAGUAAUAUAGAGGAGUCAAAAACAAGAUUUAACUUAACCGAAAGUACUGAGUCACAAUGAAGGUUCCCUGUAGGUUGUAAGCGAACUAAAAAAUUGAAUUUAAAUUGAUGACAAUUUGCAAAAGAUUUAAAUAGUUUUGCACGAAGAACAGUGAAAAGCAAUCUUUGAAUAUCUUUUUUAUAUACAUUGCUUUAUCGCUCUUCUUUUAAGUGGAGAGAAUUUUUUUUCAAGUACAGUACGUGUCUUUAUUCCUUGCACAAUUUGACCAUUUAACUAUUCUAGAUAUUCUAGUAAUAUCUGUCCGAAUAUUCUUUAAUAUUUUCCAAAAUUUUGUCGGUUUCCUGUUAAUGAAAUUUGUUCCAAAUUUUCUGCAUCUCAAAAAUUGCCUGCAGAUGCUAUAACCCAAAUUUUGUUUAAAAAUGUUCAAGUCACAGUUUCUUUACGAUUUUCCAACUUUCCUUUCUUUAGUUUCCCAACAUCAUAGUCCAUCAGCUAUUCCUGAAGAUAAUGAGCUAGUAUCCCUAUGGCACUGCCAUUCCCAUUAAUUUUUUUGAGUAAUCGUUUUUUUUUUAUUUUUUGAGAAUUGCGGGGUCCUAAGUCCGCAUCAACUUGAUGCCGGACCCGACCAAAUGGAGAGCAAUUUAUUUCCUCUUUUUUGGUCCACGGCUUUCAAAAUAUUAGUUUUUUUAUUUGAGGUGGUAAAAGGAUCACUCACGUGUUGUUUAUAAGGAAAAUUGUGGGGUUCUUUCUAGGAAAUAUUCGAAAUAGAAUAGUUCUGUCUAGAAAAAAAUUAAUUUAAAUUAAUACCUUGACGAAGUUUCUCGCUUGAAGUUAAAGAAAAUCGAAAGAAGUGAAUAUCUUAAAUAUUAUUGGUAAAUGGCCCGAAUUUAUCUUGAUUGAUGGAUUGAUUAAUUAGUUAAUACAUCUUUAUAAUUUGCUUGGUGCAGAAGCUUAUUCUAUAGGUACAGUAGCGUAGCCUACUUUUCAACUACAGUAACAACGGGUACCUCAGCUACUAAUACUCGUAAGGAAAACUUAAGGGGUUAGGUGGGUUUCAAAGGCUCAAAACAGGUACAUUUUUACGAUUUUUUUUUAUUUAUCCAACAAAACAUUUUAGUCCAUCAAUAUACCAUGCAAAAAAUAUAUAUUUCAUAAGUAGUUUGUGAAAUUUUCAUAGAAAAAUAUUGAAAAUUAAGGCGUUGACACGUCAUCCCCUGUGACUCCUCAAAAAAAGUUCUCUUGGCGUAGUCAGGAUAACUCAUGACAGAUUCAUCUGAAAUGCAAAAACCAAAAAUUUUCUGUUAGUAGAUGCUUAAAGCUCGUGCUUGGACAAAGGAAAAAAAAACAAAAAUUGGACUUUUGGUGGCGUUGAGAACAAAAAACCCUUUUUUCGAGUAAAAGUUGCGUCCUUCAUGGCCUUGAAAAAUUACUUAAAAUAGAAAAAAAACCCUUCGUUCAAGCACGAGUUAAUGUUAUUUUGAAGUUGUAGUUUCGAGAAAAACGCGAUUAAAGAUUUACAUUCAAAUAACAUGUGAAAAAAAUGUUUUUUUUAACUUACAUGGAGUCAUCGAUUCCAGCACCAUAUAAUAAAGUGCCUGCUGCAGUGGCAAUAUCCACCUGCUCUUGUCUGUGACGAACUCUUGCUUUUCGAGUCUCAGCGUCAGCUUUUUUUGUGCUGCAAGUAUGCGGCUCUCAUCCUCUUUUCGUUCGUACUGGUGGCUAUUUCGGCCAAGUUUUAAAUCCAUACUGUGCAUGAGCAGUAAUAAUGCUGCGAUUCCUUCAUGGAAUGUACCGGCAGCGACAUAUGCAGCAAUGUCGAGUAUUUUUGAUCCAGCAGGAAGAAUUUUUGGCGUAAUUUUCCAAAUUAAUUGGUUUAGGCUUUCGUUGUUAUUUUGCGUAAAACCACCAACGGAUCGUUCCAAGAGCUCUUCCUUACUGAGUUCUUCAUAAAUCGGUUUGAUGGCUGAUGAAAUGUCACUUGGUAACGGGUCGUGAUCGUGUUUAGAUGAUGAUAGAGAAUUCAUAACCGAAGCGCGCUGUCAAGGGCACCACAAGUCGGGGCCGCAGGGACAUUUAUUGUGCUGCAGAUUUUCAUCUGUGGAGUUAUAAUGAAAGUAAGUUGCCCAUAUUGCGUCUUUCAUCUUUUGUGCCGCAUCACUAUUUCUUCUUAUAGCUAAACCGUAAUAAACUGUUAAUUUAUCAAUCAAUUGGCGGUAAGUCUGCCUUUACCAGAAAGAUUUUUUUGUGUCUGAUUGUUUUACCGGUUUUGUUGACCAAAUUACGUAAACGGGUACCCAUUCUUUUUUGUACAUGUCCGAUGGAUUGUUUUUUGUUUAUUUCAAAAUUUUCACCGUAAGGUUUGGCGUUAAGAAUUCCAGAAUAUGUUUUAGAAUCCCCGUCGCCAAUAUGAUUUUUGUAUCUUAGGCUAAAUUUUUCUAAAGAGCGUUGAAACAUUGAAACGAUUGAUGAUACUUCCAUGUUACCAGCAGGUCCUUGGUAAUUGGCACUACAUUCGUUUUUUUGCACAUGUUCCUCUUGCCACUCUUCAAAAUCUACCGUGGUAAGUUUUUUUUCCACGCUUCACACAAUUUACAAUAGGAUCAUUUUACAAAAAUUUCUAAAGCUGUAAUGAUGCAAACCCACGCUUUUUCCACGUGCCAUCACCUGACACGGUAACAUCUGUCAUAUCUUCAAUAUUGUUUUUAUCACACGUUAAUUAUUUUUUUCUUCAUUUGCAGCAGACGUUGAUUUAUUCAAUUUUCGCAUUCCACCUGAAUUUUAAAUCCAAGACCAAAUUUUACACACUGUCUAAAACUAGCUAUACCAUCCCAGACUUUGUCCUGUCCAUUUUCAUUUAUUAUAUUACCGCACAUCACAAAAGUUGAAAGUGUUGAAAAUACUAAAAAAAGUCUAUAAUGGCAUACUCUUGAGUACCGUCCUCUGGCACGUGUAUUUCGUCUUGACUUCUCAGUUUCUUCGCCGACGUGCUGGUGAAAGAUUUUUCGUCUACCUCUGCAGCCUUAGGGUUGAAAUAUUGUCUUCUUCUUUUGGGUCUAUCUUUUCUCUGAGCGCCCGAUGCUUGAUCAGAUCUUGUAACUUUAUGCAUUUUGCAACGAAAUUUAUAAAAACCUCGAUAAAAUUUACAACGAAUACUUAUAACUUCAAGCAACCCUGCAGCUCGACUGGCAACAAUCAACUAAAUUUCAGUACUAAAAUAAGUAAAAUACAGAAUAACUAAUGCAAUGUGACCAUAGAAAGUGGAAGUAAGGGACUAGGUAAGCGAAAAGUAAGGGUAAAUGAUGACAAACUAACAAUAGCUAAGCAGCUGCCCCGAUACACCUGCGACGCGUCACGCUGACAUAACCGGAUGGGCCGAACAUCCGAAGGCUGUAUCUUUUAGAAUAUUACUCAGAUCGUUUUCAAAUUUUGAGAGAAUAUUCUAAACAUAUUGUAUUAUAAGAUAAGCAAAAAAAAACGAUUUUUUUUGAAAUUUUGAAACCCACCUAACCCCUUAAUAAUUAAAAAAAUGCUUAAAUCUUAGAAUUAUCUUAAAUCUAUGUGGGAAUUUGGUGGUUGGUGGAGAAAGACUAGCACAAUGAGUUCUCUCGAAUCCACUUUAUUCUUUUCGUAGACGAACAAUCUAUUCAACUCAGCGUCUCGUCAUCACUACUGUUGUCGAGAAAAACACAAUUUUUUUCAAGAGUAACAGCAUUUUCAUUUUUGAAAAGAAAACAUAAAGUAUAACUACCUAACCAAGGAAAUAUUUUAACCUUAACAGUAUAGAACUCAAUCUAAGGUUUAUCUUAGCAUAAUACGAAUUGAACACUGAGAGUACAGUGGAACUUCUCAUAACCGGACAUCAGUGUCCUCUUAAGUGAGGGUAUUUCAACAAAUUCAAAAAAGUUGACAAAACAGAAAGAUACUUUUUGAUAAUAUAAUAUUUAUUAAUCGUAUAAAAAUGUAUAUGAACAUGAAUACAAAUUGAAUAAGAAAAUUACCAAAAGUAAGCUAUGUAUAUAUGGGUGUACAGAGACAUAUGUACAAGUGUGUAUGGUUUAAUUUUUUAAAAAACUUGUUUUGAAUACAGUCAAAACCUGUCUGAUUGGAUCACUGACGGGACCGAAUAAAAUAACGCAAAUAAACUAUAUGUAUGUAUAUAGAUAUUUAUUCUUCUUUACCCUAUACCCGUCCCUUGUCAUUACAACUUAAUCCAUGGAAAAUCGCGGUUUUCACGCCCUCUUCUUAAUUAUAAAAUAUAGUUCAACUCAAAUGAACUAUGUAAUGAAAUUAAGUGAGUAGGAUGCUCAGAGCGAUCAUCCUAAGUGGCCGGCAACGACCUAGAGGGCAGAGCUAUCCCAAGUUAACCGUGAAGUUCCGCCCGCAAAGUU